AUGGCGGCUAACUACAGAUGGAAAAGCUUCGACGAAAACGAAGAUCGGCCGGAGAAGCCUCGCCGUUACGGUGUAACGGAAAUGCGAGGUCCUCGUUACUCCGUUCUCAGCCAGAACGUUCUUCAGGAAAUAUUUGAAUCGAUGGGUCAAUUUGUUGAUGGAUUAAAGUUCUCGGGAGGCUCCAACAGUUUAAUCCCAAAAUCAUUCAUCAAACAAGCCAUUGAAAUGGCUCAUGAGCAUAAUGUUUAUGUGAGCACCGGAGAUUGGGCUGAACAUACACUUCGCAGUGGCCCAUCAGCUUUCAAAGAGUAUGUGGAGGAAUGUAAGCAGUUGGGGUUUGACACCAUCGAGCUGAAUGCAAAUUCGCUUGAGGUUCCGGAGGAAACACUUCUCCGAUAUGUACGUUUGAUUAAGAACGGUGGUCUUAGAGCCAAACCAAUGUUUGCUGUGAAAUUCAACAAGUCUGAUAUUCCUGGUCGGAACAGAGCAUUUGGGUCAUAUGUUGUUCCGGAGCCUCGAUCAAGCGAGUUUGUUGAGGACAUAGAUCUCUUGAUCAGAAAGGCUGAGAGGUGUUUAGAAGCUGGAGCAGACACGAUUAUGAUUGACGCAGAUGAUGUCUGCAAAUACGCAGACUCUCUCCGAGCAGACAUAAUCGCUAAAGUCGUAGGACGUCUUGGGAUAGAGAAGACUAUGUUCGAAGCAUCUGAUGCAAAGUUAGCUGAGUGGUUUAUCAAGCGUUACGGUCCAAAUGUGAAUCUUUAUGUGGAUCAUUCUCAGAUUAUGGAUCUCGAGUGCCUCCGUGGUCGUUAUCUUGUGCUUAUAACGAAUGGGAAGCUUGGCUUUGCAACAGCAUCAAGCAUCGCCGAAGCUCCAGAGGCUUCAGAGAUGGCCGAAGCUCCAGGGGUUUCUCCUGAAGAAGAAGAAGCAGAAUACAAUCGUAUGCUUGGUUCUGUCGUCGCUGUACCUGUUUUCGUCCCUGAAUUCCCGGUCUAUGUAGUUUACUUGGGGGAAAAGAAACAAGAAGACGCUAAGUCGGUGGAUAAAACACAUCUUGAAAUCCUGAAAUCGGUUCUUGGAAGCCAAGAAGCAGCCAAAAAGUCAUUGGUGUACAGUUAUCACCAUGGAUUUUCUGGCUUUGCAGCAAAGCUCACACCUGCUCAGGCAGAGAUUUUGAGAAAUCAUCCUCAAGUUGUUACAUUUCUGGAAAACAAGAAACUUACGUUGCAAGCAACACGGACAUGGGAUUACUUGAGCCUCUUUUCAACUCCAACCUCUUCUCAAGGUCGUAUCCUUCUAGACGAGAACGUUAACAACGUAUCUUUACUGAAAAAAGAAAGCAAAAAAGAUAAAAAGGAGAGAAAAGAAAGGAAAAGAGCCAAAAAGGCCGAAAAAGCUCUUCGAAAGGAGGCUGAAAAAUGGCAAACCCAAAGUCUUCUUAACGAGGCUAACAUGGGCAGUGGUGUUAUCCUUGGUGUUAUUGACUCUGGUAUAUGGUCAGAAUUAAGUGCCUUCGAUGACAAUGGUUACGUAGCGAUACCAAAAAAAUGGAAAGGAGAAUGCGUAUCUGCGGACCAAUUCUCUCCAGCAGAUUGCAACAGAAAGAUCAUCGGAGCAAAGUACUUCGUGGACGGUCUUAACGGAGAUCUCGAAUAUAGCGUCAACAGUACUAAAGAAUACCUAUCUCCUAGAGACCAUAACGGCCACGGGACUGAAGUGUCCUCAAUGGCCGCUGGUUCUGUCGUUUCCAAGGUGAAGUUGCCCGAUGUCGCACCUGGUUCGACCAUGAGAGGUGGUGCUCCAAAGGCCCAUAUAGCCAUGUACAAGGCAUGUUGGGAUAUCAACAAAGGAAUGUGCUCGGUUGCUGAUGUAUGGAAAGCUUUCGAUGAAGCCAUUCACGACGGUGUGGAUGUCUUGUCGGUUUCUAUCGGUGGCGCAUUCGACGACGUCUACCUUGACGCCGAUAUGGCGAUCCCCGCGUUACACGCCGUGAAUUCAGGCAUCACCGUUGUUGCUCCAGCUGGUAACUACGGAUCUCGAUCCGGAACGGUUGUUAACGUCGCUCCAUGGAUAUUAACCGUUGCCGCCACUACACUUGACCGGUCUUUAGUCACAGUGUUGACACAUGGCAACAGAACGUACUUGGGUGAAAGUGUGUACGCCGGACCAGAAAUUGACUUCACUGAUAUCUUUUAUACCAAGGAAGAAGCAAAUUUUACUAACGCUAAGGGUAAAGUUGUCAUGUUCUUCGAAGGAAACACUGAUAACGGUAAGAGUCCUGAGCCAAAGCUUGUUAUAGAAGGUGGUGCUGUCGGUUUAAUUUAUGCAAGACGCACGCCGAGUGAUCGCCGUGAGGUUCCUUGUCCCGUAAACUUUCCUUGUGUCUUCUUAAAUUUUGACGAUGCAAACGAGUUGUAUACCGACAUGAUGUACAAGAGCUCAUCACCACCCAAGAUUAAGAUAAGCUCAUACAAGACCAUAGUUGGCGAAACCGUAGUAACUAGAGUCCCAGCUUCAUCGGGAAGAGGGCCUAGUUCAUUUUCACCAGCCAUUCUUAAGCCGGAUAUAGCAGCUCCUGGAAUGACCUUGCUAACACCGAGAAUACCAACAGACGAAGACACGAGAGAGUUCGAAUACUCAGGAACAUCAGUGGCCACUCCGGUUAUUGCAGGGAUCGUAGCACUUCUCAAGACUGCGCAUCCUACUUGGUCUCCUGCUGCAAUCAAAUCAGCUAUUGUCACAACAGCCAUGAAAACCGAUCCAUACGGCGGGCGUAUAAUUGCAGAUGGAGGUAACAAUAAGUUAGCCGAUGCAUUCGAUCUCGGAGCAGGUCUUGUGAAUAUGGAGAAAGCCAAGAAUCCUGGUCUUGUAUACGACAUGGACAUGAAUGACUACAUAAACUACUUAUGUUCCCAGUCUUCUUACACAGACAAGAAAGUUUCUGCGCUAGCCGGAAACGUCAAUACCAAGUGUCCGGGUUCAUCGGUUCUUGACAUUAACUUACCCUCCAUAACCAUCCCAAACGUCAAGAGAAAUACCAUCAAGGUGACCCGAACAGUGACCAAUGUUGGACCCGUUAAUUCGGUUUAUACGCCUGUGCUCGAGGCUCCUCACCGUUUCAACGUCACGGUUUCGCCGCAGAACCUGGUGUUUAACAAUGCAACCAACAAGCUUGCGUUCACCGUGAGUGUGUCUUCGGGCCCCUACAAAACGAACACUGCGUUUUACUUUGGGAGUUUGACUUGGACUGAUGGACUUCACAAUGUCACAAUCCCAGUCUCUUUGAGGACACGUUUCGGCGAUUAUUUCUUGUAA